CCCUGCCGGUAAUUUUCAGAUUUUUUUGUAUUGUGUAGAUAAAUUAUCAUAUAACAUAUAAGUUAAUGUUUCCAACCUCAAAAGUUGCACAUUUUCAUAAAUAACGUUGAUAUAUUCGUCACAUGAGCUAAUGGAUAUCCUGUUAACUCCAGCAACCACAAACCAAAGAGAGCUCUUGUUACUACUUCGUGGACUUCAGUUGGCCAAUCAGAUUCCUCGUACUUCUGGGAAAGCCAUAACACAACGGCUGUGUCCGAAAUCGCAUACUAACGUACUACAUACUACAUUCUCAAUGAGCAUAUACUGCAUACUACGUACUAUAAGUAUGAUUAGAAUGCCGACCGUUCACACUGUAGUAUACUACUAAGUUUCCCAUAAUGCAUUUCAAACCUCCGACGACAAAAACCGGAAGUAUAGCAGGCUAAUAUCUCGGCUUGACACUUACCUGAAUGCCGGCUUCAGGUCGAUUUUUACGGUUGAUAAUAUUAGUUUCAACAAAAUAAUUUCCAUAACAAAAAAAUGUUGACUGCCAGCAGACACAGAAGACAAGCCAUCCGUCACCUCCGGCGUUUGAUUAAUUUGUACUUACUGUUUGGUUUCCCUAUAAGUCCAUUUUUGUUAAGUUUUCUCAUUCACAAUUCAUAUUUUCUAUGAUGCCAUAGCUAUGCCACAUAACCACUUUUUAAUUUUUAUACCAAAGUUUAAUAAUUUAAGAAUAAUUUCAUAUAGUUGUAAUAAAUACUUUAAAUAUUAUCAUUCAAAACAAGUAGUUAAAAACAUACACAAAUACCAAUAAAUUGUUUUAAAAAACACACAAAUACCAAUAGUUUAAUAAAUAAUUAAAAACAACUCAUUUUUGAUGGCAUGUUUUCUAUAUUACAGGUUGGUGUGAGAGGUCCAUACAGCAGAGUAAACCCCCAUGUUCCCCUGCUGUCUCUUUACUUUGAGGGAGGUGACCUCAGGAAGGACUUUAGGUUAUCCAGACCAACCCUGGACAACCUGAUAAAAAUUCUGGGUAACACUGACCAUGGAUGGGGGAGGGCGCUCGAAGUUCUUGUUUUUGUCUAUUGGUUGGCGAGCGCUACAUCCUACCGCGUUGUGUCAGAGGCCUUUGGCUUUCCCCGGAGCACAUGCCACGACAUGGUCCACAAGACCAGCAAGGCCAUCCAGGGAAUUUUUCGUCGGGCCGUGUGCUUCCCCAACAAUGAUGAGCUGGAAGAAAUUGGGGCUGGCUUUGCCCAGCUGGCAGGUUCCCCAGCAUUCAGGAGGGUGGCAGGAAGUAUUGAUGGGUGCCACGUCCGCAUUGUGCCACCUGGAAGGUUUCCUGGCGAUUACUUUAAUCGGAAACUCUUCCACUCUGUUCAGUUCCAGGCCAUUUGUGACCACAAAGGCAGCUUUUUGGACAUUGUUGUGGGCUUUCCUGGCAGUGUCCAUGAUGCCCGGGUCCUGAGAAGCAGCCCCUUUUAUCUUCACCAGCUGUACCCACCCCCAGGCUGGCAUCUUAUUGGUGACGGUGGGUACCCAUGCCUGGCUCAGCCAAUAGAGCUGCUCACACCAUUCCGUGAGUCUGUCCGGAAUGCUGUGGAGGGCAGGUUUAAUGCCAGGCUGUCCAGGGCCAGAUGUGUGGUGGAGAGGGCUUUUGGUGUCCUGAAGACCAGGUGGCGACCCAUUUUUCUGAAGGCCCUGGAGGUGAAGGUGGACUUCGUGCCAGAGGUCAUCGUUGCCUGCAUUUUCCUCCACAACCUCUGCAUCAGAAAUGGAGACAUUUUAGAGCCAGAGGUUGUGGAGGAAGAUAAUGAUGAUGGAGUGGACUUUGAGGUUCCUGUGCCAGUCCAGCAGUCUGGUGAUGGUCUCAGAAACCGUCUUGCCGCUGCAGUGUCUGCCCCAGAACACCCCCCCCAUGAACUGCAAGAAGAUGAUUAUUGUUAAUAUAUUUAAACGCAACUCUGUUCAACACAUGUAAAUAGUUUUCUCACAUUUUAAAUUUCUCACAUUCUUUGUAAAUAGUUUGCUUAUUUCUACAUUUUUUUGCUCAUGUGUAAUCAUAACUGUAAACUCAUAAUUGGAAACUUUACCUACAUUGAAAUGCUGUAUAUAAUAUUAAAAAAAUGAACCAAACAGAAGAUUUGACAAACAUUUUUUUUAAUAAACAGAACCAAAAGAACAUGAACUACAAAAAUGAACUAUAAAUGAACAACACAUUAUUUCUUUAAAAACGAUUGUAAAAUCCCCAACAAACGUUCCUCCCUUGCUCUGCUUUCCGUCUCUCUCGCCUCUCUCUCUCUCCUCUCCUCCCUGGCCCGACUCUCCAUCCAUUCUCUCCACUCCCUCUCUCUUUCUCUUCUCUCUUCUCUCUCGUCUGCUCGUCUUCUGUUCUCUCUCUGCUCUGCUCUCCUCUCUCGUUCCUCCUCCCUCUCCUCUGCUCUCCUUUCUCGUUCCUCCUCUCUCUCCUCUCCUCUCCUUUCUCUUUCCUCCUCUCUCUCCUCCAUGUCCCUCAAAAACUCCCACAUGUCAGCCUCUCUCCGUCUCUGCCUUCUGUCGCCUUCCAGAGGAGAGACAGCUGCUGCCACAGGUUCUGCCAUGGCUGAGGUGAUGAGGACUGGUGGGGCUAUGCUGGGCCUUUGCCCCAUCACCUCAUCCAUGGCCUGAUACCAUUUCCACGAGGCAGCAGUUGUCUCUCCUCCUUCUGUGCUGACCCCUGUCCUCGGUGCCUUCAGUUCCUACCACACAGCACAGAGGUUAUUUGUUAAUGAUCACAGAGGAUAUACUGUGGAUAACUGAAUGACUAUGGCCAAGUGUUUUUAACUAACCUUGUAUUUUUGUUUUAAAUUUUCCCUUUUUUUUUUUACCCACCCUGCUUCCACCUUUCCCUCAAGAUUGUGGUCCUUGAUGAACAUUCUACACAUGACAGGAUUGAAAUAGGAAAACAGAUUUUUUUACAAUAAAUUCUUUGCAUUUAUUAAUGACUUUACAGUCAACUAUCUCUGAAGAGAAGAUUGUGACCUUACUCUGUCCAAAAGCCUGAUCUCAAUGAUCUGUGAAUUAUUUUACAACAGAGUGGGAAAAAAACACAUGCACACAAUGUAUGACACGAGUUUAGUACUUACUCGAAACCUUUUCGCGCUGCGUUACGACGCCCUGUAAACAUCUCCUCAUUUUUAGCGCGCCACUUAAUGAGGCGAUCUGUGUCCUCAUCUGUCCCUGAGAAAAAUAACAGUCGUGUCCAACAUUAUAAGCAUUAGCUGCAUUGUUAGGUGGUAUAAGAAAUUGCUUCUAUUUGGUCAUCAUAACAGUCCGCUCGAGUUGUAAAGCCACCCACAUAAUAAUAUUUAAGAGUUCUUUGCAGAUCCUGUCCGGGAAAUAUGCUCGGCGACUGACCAUAAUAUAAACAGCUUUUACGAGGACAACAGUUGAGGGAACUUCGUGAGAUCAGGACGAGCAAACAGUCGCAUAAUUAAUGUGGCAAUUUCAAGCCGGCAUUCCUCAUGCAGUUAUUAGCCAGAUUAUGCGAAUCGUUUCAAUUGUAGCUGCAGGCUACUGGAGGUAGCUGCUACUUGUUCUGUAUGCAAAGCGAGCUGCUGCAACUAGCUGCUAGCAUUCAGUAGCAUGUUGUGCGGCGUCUGACAAAUUUAAAACGUUGGUCAGAAAACGCCUAUUUCUCAAAUCUGUGGGGUGAUUAGGAUGACUACUAACCACAUAAAAUAAAAUAAAAACACACUUACAUUUAUAUCGCCCCGGUCCGGCCAGAGAUCCCGCAGAGGCUUCCAUUUCGGUCAAGAGUACCUGGGUAGCUCGCAAAGCAUUAUGGGGCGGUUGAGUAUGACUAGUGUGGUCGCAGCGCAUACUUAAAAAUUUUCCGGAAAUAGUAUACAUCCGGGUAUUUCUCGCGUACUCAAUCUUUUCAUACUAUCCAAUGUGAACGCACUACGUACUUAUUUUGACGUCACAUUUAGUAUGAGUAGUACGUUAGUAUGCGAUUUCGGACACAGCCAACAUCUUGUGGAGACUGGUUAAGACGGGAUGACAGCAAACGAAGGAAAGGUAUCUUGUGUAAUUUGCAAAGCAACUGUGGUGAUACAUGGCCUCUGACACAACAAGAUCUCUUCCACGGAUUUGAAGCAACAGGUGUUCAUCCUUCUUCCCCUCAGCUGCACGAAGGAGUUGAUCUGCUGUGGUAAACAAAGUUUAUACUCAGGCAUGCAACAGGCAGGAGGUAUGGAGCCCUUUUGGGUUGUUUUGGGCCACUUGAAGAGCACAGAACCCAAACCUUGGAUGCAGCACCAUCACUGGUAUCUGGCAGCGGUUCUUCUGAACAUUGUAAUGGCACUAAAAUGUAAGUUACAAGUGAUCAAUAAAUGGAAAUGAUCUA